GACUGGGAGCACUUUAAUUUUUAUACAAAGGAACAAAAAAACCAUGAUGACAACCAACACCAACCAGCAUCAAGCACAACAAAUCACACAUCCUGAGUUCAAGGAAAACGUUAUCUGGAACGAUCGGGCAAUCGACUCGAUUCGGUCAACAUGUUCGUGUCUAUCAGGCUCGCUUAGCGGGAUCAUCGGCCUGACCAACUUCUCCGGCCUGGGCUUCUAUCUCGCCAGCUUCACCCUCGUCAAUCUCACCAUCCUGCUCGUCAACUAUCUCCGCUUAUUGGCCGGCUAUUCGUCCAUCCUUCCCGUCAAGAACCAUUCCGUCGCUAAGAAUUUGUCCCAAAAUCUCAAGUUUAGCUCCGCUUUUUGGGGCGCGGGUUUGAUCGAUAACUCGUUCGGCUUUAUUCUUUGGUGGACACUGUUUUACGGCUUGAUUCAUAUUUAUGAUUAAAGAGGAUUUGUGGUGUGUGCAAACACAAGACGAAGACAAAUCAAUUUCACCUUGAUCAAAAAAAAAAAAAAACAGAAAAACUCAUGAGUUGAUUCCAUAGUUGAUGAUCAUCAGCGAUAAUAAACAAGCGACAAAACCGAGAGAGAGUCUUUCUAUGAUUUCUCUCAGCGUUCUUCCACUCCCUAUUCUUGUAUACGAUGUAUGAUUAGAGAUCUAGGAUAGAAAAUAUGACAUCAUCCACUUACGCAGACCAUCAUUCAUGGUCAUUUUUCACCUCUCUAGAUACAUAGAAAUAAGCCUGCAGGGUCACCGAAAGGAUUUGAAAAUUCAAGAUUCAAAUUCACAUAAUACAGAAACAUUUCACCUGUUUUGGCUUG